GAAACAAUAUUAUCGUUAUUUAGUGUAUAUAUAUAUAUAUAUACACACAUUUUUGUAUAUGACUAUGAUGUAUUGUCGAUAGUAGCAUUAAUUAAGCCUAAUUUGACUUAAUAGUGUCCCUAGUUUAGACCCUGAAAACAUAAACCAGUAUGGCAGGAGACUAUGAAACACAUGCACAAGAAGAAAUUUUGCAUAGUGAUGAAGACGAAACAGAGCUGACAACCCCUAUAGAAGUUCUUCAGAAGUUAGAAGAAGCCUGGUUAAACGAAAAGUUUGCUCCUGAACUUCUGCCUUAUAAAGGUGAAUUAGUUGAUUGUAUGUUAGACCAGCUUCAGCACAUGGACCAAAACCUACGACGUGUGAAACCUGGAGAUUUUAGGAUCAUCAUUCAUAAAAUGGAGCUUGAUCGAAUUCAAUUUGUCUUGAAUAGUUACCUAAGAAUUCGUCUAGAAAAAAUUGAAAGAUUUGGCGCUUAUCUUCUUAACUUAGAAGCUCAAGAGGAAGCUGAAAACAUUGAGUUAAUGUCUCCAGAAGAAAAAUUAUUUGCUCAACAGUAUGUUGGAAACAUUGAAGGCUAUCUUCAUGAUACUAUCCUCCAGCACAUGCCUCCUAACAUGGAACAUUUUCAAUUAGCUUCUGUAGGUUCAAAGCCGAAUUUAGACAGUUAUGUUUUCUUCAAAGUAUUGAAAGAUACACCAAGUCUAGUGGUGGAAGAAGGAGCAUCUGAAACAAGAGAAAGUGACAUCAUAGACCUUGAAGCUGGCUCCCAGCACAUCAUAAGAUAUAGACCUGUUUAUAGGUUGCUCCAGAAUGGAACUGUCAAGCUCAUCUGAUAUCUUACAUGAAUAGCCAGUAGAUUUCAAAGAUGAGGCUGAAUAUUGAGAUGGUUUGUUCCUCUGGACAGUUAUAAGCAAUGUUAUCCAAGAGCAAGCAAGCAAUUUUUGAAGCAUUGUGGUUUGUCCUUAGAAGCCAUUCUUAUAUGAAGUAACCUGGUUUUGAUUAAACCUUCAACAAGCAAUCUGUAAUUUUCUCCAUUGUGAAUGUUUUCCAGGGUUAUAUACAUAUAAAUGUAACCAACCAUCGCUUAAGAUAAAAUUGCACGUUUAUUAGAAGUAAAUUGUUUUCAUAUUUUGAAAGUUCAAUUUUAUAAGAAGUCAAGUGAUAUUUGUAUUUUAUUUUUUCCAUGUAAUGUUGAAUAAAAAUGUGGAAUAAAAUAAAA